AUGUUUACGAAAAGACUAAUAGCAAACCAAAUUGGCUACAGUUCAACAACAACCUCAUCCUCGGUUUUUAAAAAUUUAUUAUUAUCUAGAAACUUUGCCACAGUUCAAAAUACACCACCAAUUGGUCGCACCUAUGGGGAUCUCAAAGAUACUGAUCGAAUUUUUACAAAUUUAUAUCUAAAACAUGAUUACCGAUUAAAAGGAGCAUUGAAACGUGGUGACUGGUAUAAAACUAAAGAAAUACUUUUAAAAGGCCAUGAAUGGAUUAUACAAGAGACAAAAACUUCUGGGUUAAGAGGCCGUGGGGGUGCAGGCUUUCCAACAGUUGUAAAUGCUGAUGAAGGUGAACCAGGUACUUGCAAAGAUCGUGAGAUAAUGCGUGGAGAUCCUCAUAAACUUAUUGAGGGUUGCUUGAUAGCUGGUAGAGCUAUGAAUGCUUCUGCUGCAUAUAUUUAUAUCAGAGGUGAAUUUUAUAAUGAAGCAUCUAAUUUGCAAGAGGCAAUAAAUGAAGCUUACAAUGCUGGGCUUAUUGGUAAGAAUGCAUGUCAGUCAGGUUAUGAUUUUGAUGUAUAUAUUCACCGUGGAGCUGGUGCUUACAUAUGUGGGGAGGAGACUGCAUUGAUUGAAUCAAUUGAGGGAAAACAAGGCAAACCAAGAUUAAAACCUCCUUUUCCUGCUGAUGUUGGUUUAUUUGGAUGUCCAACAACUGUUUCAAAUGUAGAAACUGUGGCAGUAGCACCUACUAUUUGUGGUUCAUGGUUUGCUAGUUUUGGCAGGGAAAAAAAUUCUGGGACAAAAUUAUAUUGUAUUUCUGGUCAUGUAAACAAUCCAUGUACUGUUGAAGAGGAAAUGAGUAUACCACUUAAAGAUCUUAUUGAGCGUCAUUGUGGUGGUGUUCGUGGUGGUUGGGAUAAUCUUUUAGGUAUUAUACCAGGUGGUUCAUCAGUGCCUGUGAUACCAAAGCAUAUUUGUGAUGAUGUAUUGAUGGACUUUGAUGCAUUACGUGAUGUUCAAUCUGGAUUAGGUACAGCUGCUGUAAUUGUGAUGGAUAAGUCUACAGAUAUUGUUCAUGCAAUUUCUCGUUUAUCUGCAUUCUAUAAGCAUGAAAGUUGUGGUCAAUGUACUCCAUGCAGAGAGGGUACAACUUGGCUUAUGAGUAUGAUGAAACGUUUUGAGAAAGGUUAUGCAGUGCCUAGAGAGAUUGAUAUGAUGGAAGAAUUAUCAAAACAAAUUGAAGGACAUACGAUUUGUGCUUUAGGAGAUGCUGCAGCUUGGCCUGUUCAAGGAUUAAUUAGGCAUUUCCGUCCUGAAUUAGAAGCUCGAAUGAAAUCUUAUGCAGAUGCACAUCCUGAUCAAGACUUGUCAAAAAUUUCUUCUGCAGCACCUGGACUAUAA